AGAAAUUUUCUUUGUACAUAAAAGAAACACAGCGAGAAUAACAAAAUCACUGGUUUAGAUUUCUGUAAUUUUAAAGAGAUCACUUUAAAAAUAGUUCAUAUAAAAUAUCAAAUUUAAAUUGUAUCUUUUUUACAAAGUAAAACACAUUUUCUGUUCAAGUAGUAGCAGCAUAACAAAUACUCACGAAUCAAAAAGUCAUGGCCAAUAAUUACUUGCAGCCAGUGAAUAAUCACUUCGACUUAAAUACAGGCGAUCUAGAAGAUAUAGAUGAUGAUAUUUUUUUGAAUAACUCUCGCUCCAAUAGCACUAUAUCGGGUCGUAAUAGUGAAAUGGAGGGUGCUGUUGGUGGUCGUAGCACCAAUCCAUUUGAUGAUCCUCAACAAAUUUAUGCAGAAAGACGUAGAGAAAUUGAGUCUCGUUCAUUAGAGUCUACACAGCGCAGUUUAGGUUUGUUAUAUGAAACGGAAGAUGUCGGCAAAGCUACAGCAGCUGAGUUGGCAAAACAACGAGAACAAUUAGAAAACACCUCGCGACAGUUAGACGAAAUCAAUUCAACAUUGCGCUUUAGCCAACGUCACUUGAACGGCUUAAAAAGCGUAUUUGGCGGACUUAAAAAUUAUCUAUCCGGUAAUCGCGAUGUACCUUUAACCCGUACCCCGAGUACACAAAGUGGUGUCAAUCAAUUUGGGCAAAACCAGGAACCAAGAGAAACUUUCGCCAAUAUUAGCAAAUCACCACCACCUAUGUCGCCAACGGAACGUUAUGACGAUCAUCCCAUAAGUCGCAUUAGGGAUGACUCGACAGCAAUUAAGCAACGUGAACAAAUACAAGCCCAACGAAGCAAUAAUCCAUUCCAAACGCAAUUAGAAUCGAAUUUGGAUGAAAUGUGUGAUAAUUUGUCACGUUUGAAAUUUCUCGCCACCGAUCUGGGAAGUGAAAUCGAAUCGCAAAAUGAAUUAUUGGACAAUAUGAAUUAUAAAAUCGAAGACGUGGACUUGAAGAUGAAUAAACAAAAUAAGGAAAUUAACAAGUUGUUGGGCAAAAAGUGAACAUAACUCUGUAAAAUGCAAAGAUAGAGAUAUGGGCGCAAAGCUAAAAGCACAGUAUCAUCCCUUUGCGAAUAUUUGUACAUUUAUGUUUAACAAUUAGUAAAUUCAUAUAUUUGGGUAGUCCUUAAAACUCGCGCAUAAAUAUUAGUCUUAUAUGCAUACAUUCAUGUAAAGUAUUCAAAUUUCAGUAUAAUAGAUAUUUUAAAAUGAAAGUGUGUACCUUUUUUUUAAUUUGCUUUCCUGUUAUGAAAUAAAAAUAUUUUAUACUUUGAAAA